GUUAUGGAAAUGUUGCUCCAAAGACUGAAAGCGGGAAAGUUUUCUGCAUUCUUUACGGUCUUUGUGGGAUCCCCCUCUGCCUGGUGUGGUUGAGCACUCUGGGUUCGUUCUUCGGUGACCGGGCUAAACGUUUAUCUCAAGUUCUGCUACGAAAAGGUGUUACAGUGAAAAAGGUCCAGUUUACCUUGACGGCCUUAUUUCUUUUAUGGGGGCUGCUGGUGCACUUGGUGAUUCCUCCUUUUGUUUUCAUGGCUGUGGAGGAAUGGAGUUACUUGGAGGGCAUGUACUUCUCCUUCAUCACACUCACAACAGUUGGUUUUGGAGAUUAUGUCACCGGCGUAAAUCCCAACAUCGAUUACCCUAAGCUCUACCGGGUAUUUGCUGAGCUGUGGGUCUACAUGGGACUCGCCUGGCUGUCUUUGUUCUUCAGCUGGAACGUCCACAUGGUAGUGGAAGCUCACAAAGUGUUUAAGAAAAAGAGACAACACUGGCACAGGCACCACCACCGCUAUGAACAGGUAGAAGAGCCUAAAAAGGAGAAGCAACCCAUAGUCCCGAAGCCAACGGUUGUCGACAUCUUCAGCUACCUUUCCAAGGAAGGGGACGACUACAGCACCGUCAUCAAAGAGAUCGGGUUGGCGGCGAGGAGGAAAAAACAGGUGGAAAACAUCAACCGCUCAAAGAGCUGCAGCGACCUCUUGGCCAUUGAGAUCUUGGAGCACUCACCGGUGCACAGGCGUAAUUUCAGUUUCCACGACCUGUGUGCGAGCGCCGAGUUGGGCAACAUCGAAGAAGAGAAGGAGAAUCUUUUGAGACAAGGAAGCGUCAAGAAACCCCAACUGACGGCAUGCGUGAUAACUGAUCACCAGGAGAAUAGGGGUGUGUGUUCUUCGAAAUCAGAACCCACUUUGUUUCCUGAACCAGCCGCAGACCAAUCAGCGGAGAAAGUGCAGCAUCCUAAUGGUGCAGAGACUCGGUUCAGGAUUUCUAAAGUACUCGAGAAAGAUUUACCAUCAGAUGAUCAUGAAAAUGGAUAAGUUAUACCCUCAUCAAGAGAAGUAGACUGAUUUUAGUCGUAAUUGUCCAAUUUGUAAAGAUUAGAAACUUGGUAGGAAGGUGGCUCGCAUUUUGUUGUUGGACCUUUUUUUUUUAAAACUGGAAGUAUAAGAGAUGGCUUUACACUUUUUCUAGUGUGUGACAGUUUAAAGUUGUAAAGUCAUUUUUAUUAUACUGUAUCAAACAAAUCAUGUACUUUUUUAAAAUCUAUUGUACCCAAGGUUGUAUUGUGAAAUAGUUGUUUCACAAUGCAACCCUCUCAAGUAUUAGCUGAAAAAGCCAACUUUUGUCUUUGACAAGAAUAAAAAUGCAUUUUUUUAA